UUUUCCAUAAUAUUACAAGCGUUAAAUUUUUUUGGUAAUAUUAUUAUUUUGAUUGCUUUUUAAACGUGGGAUUUGCUUGUAUCUGUGAUAAGGCAUCCAAAAAUUUACAUGUAAGAUGUAUUGACAUGAGUUGGUGAAAGGUUAGGUUCAUCAGAGGAAAUGGUCAGAUGCCAUACAAAACCUUCAGCAUGCAAUACGAGGUUACCCAACAUCUGCAGAUUUAUGGGAGGCACUUGGUCUGGCAUACCACCGUUUGGGCGUGUUCACUGCAGCAGUAAAGUUUUUGCCGGCAGUCAUACAGACGAGCUAUUGAACUUGAUAGUUCCAGGGUCUUUGCGUUGAUAGAAAGUGGAAACAUCCAGCUAAUGCUUGGCUAUUUCAGAAAGGGAGUUGAACAGUUUCGUUCUGCUUUGGAAAUGGCUCCACAUAACCAUUCAGUAUACUUUGGACUUGCUUCUGGAUUGCUUGCAUGGUCAAGGAAUCGUGUAACUACUGGGGCCUUUGGCUGGGCUGCUACCCUGCUGAAGGAAGCAUCUGAAGCUGCCAAAAUUUGUGCUUCAUUGACUGGAAACCUUUCAUGUGUUUGGAAAUUGCAUGGAGAUGUUCAGCUUGCAUUCGCGAGAUGCUUUCCAUGGGUGGAUGGGAAGAUCAAGAGGGGUGUAGAUGCGCAGAUGUUCAAAGAUUCUGUUCAGGAGUGGAGAAAUGCAAUUCUGUCAGCAGCAAAUGGUGCAAAACUCUCAUAUCAACGUGCUUUGCAUCUUACACCCUGGGAAGCUAAUGUUCACAAUGAUACUGCUAUUUGUGUUGAUCUGAUAUAUUCCAUGGAUGGCAAUAACAGACACAACCCCAAUGUUUGGGAGCUGUCAGAGAAAAUGUCACUUGGUGCCUUGAUACUGGAACCAGUUAAUAAGGAUUUCUGGGUUACAUUGGGUUCCAUGUCAAGUGAUCUGGCUUUGGAGCAGCAUUCUUUCAUUAGGGCACUUCAUCUUGAUAUGUCUCUUUCUGAAGCUUGGGCAUACCUUGGAAAGAUUUACAGGCAAUCAGGUGAUAAACAAUUGUCUAAAGAAGCAUUUGAUCGAGCUCGAAGCAUUGAUCCUUCGUUGGCCUUUCCUUGGGCUGGAAUGUCGGCAGAAAAUUAUCACCAAUCUGGGGGCAGUACAGUAAAUGAAUCUUUUGAAAGCUGCUUGAGGGCUGCACAGAUCCUACCUCUGCCAGAGUUCCAGAUUGGCCUUGGAACAAUUGCUGCCCGUACUGGUAAUCUUCUUUCACCACAGGAAAAUGAAAAUGCCUAAGUCCAAGACGGCACUUGCUGUCCUUCAGAAAGCUGAUACUUCAUGCAAGAUUUGGUUUGUUUGCAAGGAACAUCUGAUAUGCACUAGAUCCGCUGGUGAGUGGCCCUUUGUGCAAGCUCAGCAGCUUGCGCGCAUCGGUAUCAGAUGCGCUGUGGAGAAGAGGAGGCGCCGCGCGGAUCUUGCCACUGAUGUGUGGCCUGUGGUUGAGCCGAUGAUGAAGAGUUCCACCCUGUCAUCGUGUCUGUCUACAUCUUCAUCUGUUCAGGAUGAAAGCAGCGUGCCACAUUACUUUUUGUGCCCGAUUUUGCAGAAGAUCAUGAAGAAUCCGCACAUCGCCGCCGAUGGUUUCACCUAUGAAGCUGAGGUGAUAAAGGACUGGCUUGAAGCCCAUGACACAUGACCCAUGACCAAUCUGGCACUUCCCCACCGUGCAACAAUCCCAAAUUCCGCACUUCGCUCAGCCAUCCAAGAACAUCUUCAGCGGGGGGGGGGGGGGGGGGGGGGGGGGUCGUGACUGAUGCAGGUCCCUCAUUUAUGCCUGCAUCUAUAUGAUUCUUGAUUCAUAUCUGCUUGGAUCCUGAAGGGGGUGCAACAAAGCUAAACCUUUUUUUUUGUUUUUCUUAUUUUUUCUUUUUAAAUUCAUAGUGUACACAUCAUUGAUCUUUACAAUUGUAUUGUGGAACAUGCGCAUAGCUGUUUGCUGUUUGUGGUUGUGUAAGCUUCUGACUUUGUGGCCAAAUGUGUUCCUUUGUGAUAGUAAAUAUUCAUCUGGGUUUUUUCCUUAAUCUAAAAAA